GCAGAAGGGGCAAAGGUCUUGGUCACAGUCCCACUUCUCUUCCUCCCCCCUUGCAACUAACCGCUGUUUGUAUAAAGGAAGCGGUUGACUUUGUAGCUGACAAAUGUGGAGGUGAAGUGCUUCUGGUCAAAAUGAUUCAGCAAGAAACCGCCCGGGCCGCCCCCCGCAGCAGCCCCGGGACGGCGGGCACUCACAGGGUGGGCAGGGGGGCUCUGCUCGCCCUCUGCUGCCUCGCCCUCUGCAGCCGCGGCCUGAGCACCAGCGGGGCUCCUGAGCGAGACUUUUGCUCCCAGAUCCUCAACUCGAGUGUGAAGCCAGGCUUUCCCAAAGCAAUAGAGACCAAUGACCCCGGAGUCCACAGGGCGGCCAGACACAGUGCCGAGAAGUUCAACAACUGCAGCAAUGACGUCUUUCUGUUCAGGGAGUCCCGCGUCAGCAGGGCCCUGGUCCAGAUAGUGAACGGCUUGAAAUACGUGCUGAGCUUGGAGAUUGGCAGGACUACUUGCAAGAAAACCAAGCACCCCAGUCUGGACAGCUGCAACUUUCAGACCAACCACACCCUGCAGCGGACUCUGAGCUGCUACUCCGAAGUCUGGGUCGUCCCCUGGCUGCAGAAGUGCGAGGUGCCAGUUCUCCUCUGUCACUGAUGCACCCAGACCACCAGUGACGAUCUGUGCCGAUCCACAGCUCCUGUGCCGUUUGUUGCCCUCAGUCAUGGCCCUGCUCCCUGCUGUCACAGACCCCCGGGGCCUUCCCCAGGUUGCAAGACGGAGGUGCCCAUGGGUCCGUGACAGAGCAGCCGGGGUGGCAGGCACUGCCCAUGGUAACAUGCACUAUGUUGCACUUUCUUCUGGACUUAGCUGCUUGUACCAGUGCUGUGCGCCACAACUCGGUCUGAACAUGAGGGACUGAGUCCUCUGACGGGUAUUAUUCGGGCCCCACUAAGGGGCCCCCACCCACCCGAUCACCCCGAGGUCCCAGGCUCGCCCACAGAAGGCCAGAGAUGCAUCUUUUGUGUGAAGUGGUUCCCGCACGAGGCAGCGGCCCCAGCCCACCGUCGGGCAUCUUGACCUUUUGUGGGUGAAUGAAGUCAUGAGUAAAUACAUUAAGAACCAGCCGUCUCAAAGCCAUGGCUGUUGCUUUACCUGAUAAGGGAGAGUCAAGAGGUGAGGUGAGCCCUGUGGGCGCUCCACC